AUGUCUACCACCCAGGGUGCUUUGAAGACCGCUAUGAGCCUGUAUAGGGCGGUAGCGAGCUAUAUUCCUCUCGUCCGUCACCGCGAAGGCAAUGCCCCCCGCGACAAUGGACGUACCGGUAGCGGCGCUGGAGGCCAGCCAACUGUAUCUAACGUUGAACUUUCGUCAUUGCAUACCCAGCUUUUGAUCACCUCCGUCCAGUCCGGAAGAAGCAAACACGAAACGAUGUUAGAGCUCCGAUCCAAGUCGGAUUCGAUCAAAGCGGACAUUGCGAUGAUGAAGGCGAAUGAACAAAACGCUCAGUCGACAAUCCAGUGGAAAGAGGCGGCUAUCGAGAGGAUAGAUCGUCAACUGCAACAUCGAAGCGGAAAAUCGAAAGUCCAGCAACGUUGCCUGAGGAUCUUAUUGCGCGAGCGCGACGCAGCGGCGAAGACCAAACGAGGAAUGCAAAGAUUAGUCAAGUCGCUUACGAAAGAAUACAAUGAGAAUCUUUGCUCAUUUGCUGAAGUCGUAAUGGAGCUCCAGGAUACCUUUCUUCUGCCAAAAGGGAAAGAGAAUGAGGUCAUAGCAGAGCAGCAUAAGGCCGGGUGCGUGCAGGGAGAAGUGGAGAAUCUGGUACAGGAGCACGAGCAAGCGCAGAUACAGCAAGACGGUGGUAUCCCCGAGGUGAACAAUGUUCAGCCGAACAAUUCGCCAGGCACCGCCCAAGAGAUCGAAAGUGGCAAAUCUCUCGCCCGUAACCAGCCUUUAGAGGCUUCGCAACCCGACAUCCAUAAAAUUGUCGUUAAUGCUGCCUGCCUUGACCAGCAAGCCGAGGCCCAGUCCAUCAAUAUCGCUGUUGACGACAAUGAUACAACGUUGAACCCGCCAGUGGAAGACAGGGGUAGCUCGCCAUCCAGCAAAACAAACGAUUCUGCUAUCCACGUCGAAGACCCGCAAGAGGUGCAGGAUAUGGCUAGAUCAGAAGCUGGUGUCGAUAUUGGUGGUCGGACAGUCGAUGAAGUGCAAUCAGUCGGAAUCGGACAGGAGGCCGGAGAAACACUUCCCCACGAAGAUUCGUAUGCCAAAGGUUACAAAGAACAGUGGGAUAAGAUUGAGCAGGCCAUAAAAAAGCUCGAGCGAUGUGAGAAGAGUUAUUGGGAGAGGAAAGAAAAGUUCGAACAGCACUACAAAACGUUUGAUGAAAAGCUGGAUAAGUUCUGCUCAAUCAACUCACGCAUGAGUAGAGCGGAUGCAGAACAAAGAUUCGGUCGACACUUCCUCGAGGUAGGGGGCAAUUUCCGUUAUUCUUUGGGUGUAGCGGAGAGGUCGCUCAAGAAAGCCCGGAUUGAGGCGAAAGAAGCAGGAGUCCACGAUUGCAACUCAUGGGACCAGGAGUCUGGCUUCCUUUCAGUGACGGGUGAAGGUCCGGAUCUAGAAGACAACGGCUACAUGAGCGAUAGUCGUGAUCGCGAAGUGGUGAUGGAGUGGCUGCAGAUGUCCUACGGCCCAGGAAUUAUGCAGCCUUCUGAGUUCAACUUCGCGACAUCGAAGGUGAGCGUCGAUCCUUGGGAGAGUCAUUCCACGAGGGGAGACUCAAGCAAACGGAGGAAGAUAGACAAGAAUGUCGGUACUUGGGAAGUCCAGUCCUCUAAAGCGUACUCAAGCAAGCGGAGGAAGAUUGAAGGGGAUGUUCGUUGGGUGGCGCCCAACGACAGCAAUGACAUCGCAUAUGGCACCGACAAGGAGGACAGGGGAAACCAGAAGCAAUCGGAAGGCCCAAGGAAGAGGCCUCGUGCAAGGUCAGAGGUAGCCCAUAAGCGACGUGCUCGAUCAUCCAACGCGCUUCCCGGUUACGAGGUUAUCAAAGGAAUGUUUUCCGAAAUGCCUGUAGAGGAUCACAGCGUCUGGAUGAAGCGAGACUACCGAGAAGACGUCAUCAUGGUUGACGACGAAACGACCGACGACGAUACCUGA